GGACAGAGUUGAGAAAAACACUCACGAUUUCAUCUUUUCAUGCCAAGAUGGACACUGUGGGGAAGGUCAUCAAGUGUAAAGCGGCCGUGGCAUGGGAGCCUAACAAACCGCUAGUGGUUGAAGAGAUCGAGGUAGAGCCCCCUGAGUACGGUGAGGUCCGCAUCAAGAUAGUGGCGACAUCAGUGUGCCACACCGAUCUGUACUACCUUGAUGAGGAUCAUUGGAAGAACAUCUUCCCAAUGGUCCUUGGCCAUGAGGCUUCUGGCAUUGUGGAGAGUGUUGGACCUGGUGUUACCGAGUUCCAGCAAGGAGACAAAGUGAUCCCUGUGGUGUUGGCCCAGUGCCGAGAAUGCCGUUUCUGUAAGAGUCCUAAGACCAACCACUGUGAGAAAGCAUGGGAAGUGUUUCCUCACAGCAAAACAGUGCUGCCAAUGUCCAAACUUCGGUGCAAGGGAAAGAGACUGGUGCAGCUGUUGGGAAUGAGCACGUUCUCCGAGUACACUGUCGUUAAACAGAUCGCAAUUGCCAAGAUUGACCCCGUUGCUCCCCUGGAUAAAGUGUGCCUCAUUGGCUGUGGAGUCGGCACAGGAUUUGGUGGGGCAGUUAAUACUGCCAAGGUACAACCGGGUUCCACCUGUGCUGUCUUCGGCCUGGGAGCUGUGGGUUUGGCCGCCGUCAUGGGCUGCAAGGCUGCCGGGGCCACAAGGAUAAUCGCUGUCGACAUAAACCCAGGCAAGUCAGAGAAGGCUGAGAUGUUCGGUGCGACCGACUUCGUGAACCCAAAGGACCACAACAGACCUGUCAGCCAAGUCAUCUGUGAAAUGACCGACGGUGGGGUCGACUACUCCCUGGAAUGUGUUGGAACUGUUGCCGUCAUGCGCAGCGCCUUGGAAUCCUGUUCCCCAGCCUGGGGGGUCAGCGUGAUCCUUGGCUGGACGGAGAGAGAUGAAUUAGUGACCCGACCAGGUGACGUUGUUGCCGGAAGAACAUGGAAGGGCUCCAUCUUUGGAGGCUGGAAGGGUAUCGACGGUGUGAUUGGGAUGGUGAAUGCAUACCUUGACAAGAAGAUAAAACUGGAUGAGUUCAUCACUCAUACCUUGCCUCUGGGACAAAUUAAUGAGGCCAUUGAAAUGAUGAGGAGCGGAAGAUGCAUCCGGGCAGUGCUGAAUUUUCAAUGAACCCAAGUGAGAAUCGCAUGGGACUGAGGGGCGAAGGACAUCGACCAGUUCUACUCCCUUCGUCAGUGCUCAUGAGCAAUACAAGCCAAGAUGUUGUUCAUCACUUCAAUAAAGAAUGGAUUGAACACUUU